AUGGAGGCUGCAGAUCUACUCCCGCUGCUUGAGCAGCUAGAUGAAAACAUUGAUGACCUCGAGGAGAUUCUCCAGCCUGUGCUGGACGGCUCCGCUGUGAAGACAUCGAGCAAUCUUCCAGUACUGGACAAAGCCAAAUUCCAUGUCUUGGUCACUUAUACCUUGGAAUCUCUCAUCUUCUCCUGGUUGCGCCUGCACGGUGUUAACGCCAAGGAACACCCGGUCUUUCGCGAGUUGACCCGAGUGAAGCAAUACUUUGAAAAGAUCAAAGAGCUGGAGACGGGCCCCGAGCAACGCACUCUCAAGCUCGACAAAGAGGCCGCCAGUCGCUUCAUCAAACACGGUCUUGCUGGAAAUGACAAAAUCGACUUGGAGCGCAAAGAGCGAGAGGCGAAGGAAAGAGCACGCGCGCAGCUCAAGGCAUCACUCCUAGCGAAGAAAGACUCCUCGACCUCCGAUCCACCGACCAAGAAUGUCACCGACGAUUCCGAAUACGAGUCUGAUGCCGAAAGCGACGACGCGGACGAGAAACCCGCACCGACCACCCAGAAGAGCAAGAAGAAGCAAGCCAACGACGACAAGAAGAGGACCAAGGACAAAAAACGGAAGAAACUCAACAAAGAAGAACGCAAAGAAGUCAAGAAGGAUAGGCGGAAGAAGAAGGGCGACAUGCGCAAAGCGAAGAAUCUCAAAUGA